AUGUCUGACAAGCCUACCACCAAUCUCACUGGCACCGUACCCAAGGCUAUGGACGAGCAAGGAAGCGUCGGCAAGCAGUUCACUGAGACUGGUGCGAUUGGAGGUACCGCUCAAGCAAUUGGCGGUCCUCUGGCCAAGGACGGCGUAAUUGGGAAGCAGUUUACUUCAGAUGGAGCAAUUGGAGGAACUGUGCAGAACAAUAUGGGAGGAGAGAAGAAGGCUUAA